CUCUCGUUGUUCAUAACCUAUAAAUUUUCAAAAUUGUUUUUUUAAAUUUUCAAUAAAAUGAGUGAGGAAGAUCCGCAAACUAAGCCGCCAGAUGCGGAAGAAGAUCGUGAAGACUUUUGCGGACCUAAGCAAAAGAAACGUAAGGUCUUACAGUACGAGAAACUAUACCUAGAAAAUUUACCCUGCGCCGAGUCCUACGAGAGAAGCUUCAUGCAUCGUGACGUUGUAACGCACUGCGUGGUCACCGACAGCGAUUUCGUAGUCACGGCCAGCUGCGAUGGUCACAUUAAAUUCUGGAAAAAGGUCGAGAAAGGUUUGGAAUUCGUGAAACACUUUCGCAGUCAUCUCGGCUCGAUCACGCACAUCGCGAGCAACGUUCCGGGUACGCUGCUGUGCUCGGCGUCGUCGGAUAAGUCCUUGAAAAUAUUCGACGUGCUCAAUUUUGAUAUGAUCGAUAUGAUGAAGCUCGAGUACGUGCCGAGCAUCGUCGAGUGGAUCCACAGCGCCGGUGAUGCCAUUCAAACUUUGGCGGUGGCCGAUUUAGAUUCGCCUAAGAUUUAUGUUUAUGACGGUCUAGGCGGUAAUAAGCCGAUACGCGUUUUGGAAAGACUGCAUACGGCACCGGUUUUGUUGAUGAAGUACAAUCAUCGUUUCGGCUUCUCUAUUUCAGUGGAUAAAAUUGGAAUGGUAGAGUACUGGACAAAUUUAAAAAGCGACUUCGCAUUCCCCACCAAUCUACAGUUUGAGUCGAAAUUAGAAACCGACCUCUACCUCUUUGCCAAAUCGAAGGUCACGCUUUACAAUCUAACGUUUUCACCUGACGGAAUGAAAUUCGCCACGAUCGCGAGCGAUCGACGUAUCCGAAUUUUCACGACGUUAACCGGACGAGUCAAUUUAGUGUUGGACGAAACGCUACCGCGUUUCACGGAGUUGCAACAGGCGCACCAGCAGCUGCCCAACAUGGAGUUCGGGCGGCGAAUGGCCGUGGAACGGGACCUGGAGAAGUCGGAGUCGAGCCAUUUCGCCAACAUACAGUACGACAAUAGCGGCAAUUUUAUCUUGUACGCAACCCUGUUGGGAAUCAAGCUCGUUAACAUACACACUAAUCGUUGCGUGCGAAUCAUCGGCAAAAAUGAAAAUCUACGCUUGCUGCAGAUAGCGCUCUACCAGGGCUCGGCGAAGAAGACGAAAGCGGCGGUCACCUUAGAAAUGGAAGGAUCGGAUAAUCCGACGCUGGAGGCGAUUUUACCCGAUCCGACAGUGAUAUGCACCGCUUAUAAGAAGUCGCGUUUCUACUUGUUUACGCGCCGAGGCCCCGACGAUCCGACGGGUACCGGAGAGCAAAAAGAUCGCGACGUCUUCAACGAAAAGCCCUCGAAGGAAGAGGCGAUGGCCGCAACGGAAAAUGCGACCGUUCAACGGCUGUACGAUACCGCAGUCAUACACACCAUCUUCGGCGACAUUCACUUGCAAUUGUUUCCGAAGGAUACUCCCAAGGCGGUCGAGAACUUUUGCGUUCACAGCAGAAACGGCUAUUACAACGGUCACAUUUUUCAUCGCGUCAUCAAAGGAUUCAUGAUACAAACCGGCGAUCCUACGGGGAACGGAACCGGCGGCGAAAGUAUUUGGGGCGGAGAGUUCGAGGACGAGUUUCGACCUCACUUGAGGCACGACCGGCCUUACACCGUGAGUAUGGCAAAUGCCGGCCCGAAUACUAACGGAAGUCAAUUUUUCAUCACUCUCGCUCCGACAACGUGGCUGGACAAUAAGCAUACCGUAUUCGGACGCGUUACCCGAGGUAUGGAAGUUGUACAGAAUAUUGGAAAUGUACGAACUAACGCCAAAACCGAUAAGCCAUUUGACGAUAUACGUAUUGUGUCCAUUACAGUUAAAUAAUGUUAUUUUUACAGUCAUUUUAAUAAAAAAACUC